AGGGAAACUACCAAUCCUACCACAAACCCCGCCCCCUCCCCGUGGCUGAGUCCUGAUUGGUUGGAGCCGGAGCCCGGAGCACAUGGUCGCUGCUGAGUUCAGUGCUGGGAGAAAGCUCAUCAUCUGAGAGGAUGGCAGUGUUCGUAGAUCUCAACCUUACAAACUGUACGACAGUAAAGAAGUUGCAAAGCGUUAUAGAAAUGGCGGCGCAUCUUGGUUACUCGGCUGUUGCCAUCAACCAUAUCGCAGAGUUUGAAAAGAAGAAACCGGAAAUUGUGAAACCUAUAUCUACUAAGGAUCUGUUUGCAUCGCCACCAACUGUACAGGGUAAAUCUACACCAAUCCAAAUUCUUAAGAGGCUAACCGUCAUAGCGUCAGACCCAUCCCAUUUCAAUGUACUGAGAUCCACUUCCCCUGUCACCAGACUGUAUGAUAUUGUGGCCGUCUAUCCGAAAACAGAAAAGCUGUUCCAUGCUGCGUGCACCGCCAUCGAUGUGGAUAUCAUAUGCAUCAAUGUAACGGAAAAGUAUCCAUUUUUCUUCAGAAGGCCACCUGUAAAUGCUGCCAUCGAGAGAGGCAUCUUUUUUGAGCUGAUUUAUACACCGGCAAUCAAAGAUUCCACCUUAAGACGGUAUACAAUUUCUAACGCUCUCAGUUUAAUGGAAAUCUGCAAAGGAAAAAACAUUAUUAUAUCUAGUGGUGCAGAAAAGCCAUUGGAACUGAGAGGUCCAUAUGACGUCGCCACCUUAGGCUUGCUGUUUGGAUUGUCUGAAAGAUCUGCCAAGGCUGCCCUGUCUACCAACUGCCGCGCUGCCCUUCUACAUGGUGAAACAAGAAAGACUGCCUUUGGCAUCACUCAUACUGUGAAGAAACCUCAAACUCUAGAAGAUGAAGGGGAAGCGGCAGAACCAGCGUCCAAGAAAGCAAAGAAGGAGUGAAGUUUGUCCAUCGUACAGCAUGCGAUCGCCCACCAUUAAGAUGUCUCAUUUGUCCUUUAUCUUUUAUUCCCUUCAAAGACUCGGUAAAUCAAUUUUCCCAUUACUGUCUGUGAGCUGACAGAUUGUACAAGCCCGUUUCCUAAUCUGCGUCUGCAAUGUGCCUUGUGCUCGACAGAAUCAAAGAGGCUCACACAAAGAAAAGUUUAACAAAUUUAUUGCUAAACAGAAUAUAUAUUUUUUUUUUUCUGAUGAAACCAUAAAACAUGGAAUUGUUGAGAUUUCUUUCCAAUUAAAUACUUUACUCAAAAUCCCUUCUUAGUUUUGUGGCUUCAGUCUGUCAGAGUUCUGCAGUAACAAGUUUGUCCGGGAUUAGAAAUACAUGGCCGCAUUCUUCCAAAAACCGGAGCCUCCCUGUCCGUGCAUUGGGCUUGGUAUUGCAGCACAUGGCCAUUGAGUUGGGCUUGAGCUGCAAUCACAGACAAAACCUGUGGACAGAUAGGAUGCUGCUUUUGAAAGAAAGCAGCCAUGUUUUCCAAAACCCAUACAUUCCCUUUAAGGGUGGACGAUCGAGCAGUUCUAAAAUAUUUCUGUAUAUUGUGCCCUCAUUAUACGUGCACAAAAAGCUUGGUCAGUGGCUGGUGAGCAGCAAGUGCACAUUGAGUUGUUAUAGCUUUGCACAAAUACAGGUUUAAAGGGGUUGUCUCACUUCAGCAAGUGGCAUUUAUCAUGUAGAGAAGGUGAAUACAAGGCACUUACUAAUGUAUUGUGAUUCUCCAUAUUGCUUCCUCUGCUGGCUGGAUUCAUUUUUCCAUCACAGUGUACACUGCUCCUAUCCAGCGGUAAUGACCACCCUGCAAUCCAUCAGUGGUCUUGCUUGUACACUGUAUGGUGUCUGGGACCAUAGAAUGGCGCAUCAGAUCCCAUCCCUCGUAUCUGCGCUGGAGCGGUGGCUAUAGCCCUUAGAAACGAGCUGUGUAUAAUAAUGUGAUGGAAAAAUGAAUCAAGCCAGCAAAGGUAGGCAAUAUGGACAAUCACAAUACAUUAGUAAGUGCCUUGUAUUCACUUUACCUACAUGAUAAAUGCCAUUUGCUGAAGUGACGCAACCCCUUUUAAUGCUCUUUUUAAACACUUAGUUCCGUAGUCGUCUAUAGUACAGGAAAGCAACAUGUUACAAGGUAGGCACCACUAGGAGGCGCACAUUAGUCAUCCUUCAUCUUGUCGCUCAUCAUCCAUACUAUUACACACAUUACAGUUUUGGCCUUUCCAACAAUCAAUCACCGCUAUGCAGGAUCUCUACUCGAGAUCACAGGCUUACUGAGUGCCAGGUGGGCACACGCCAAGCGCCAGAGGCCCUCUGUGAUACUGCGAGAUCCAUGCGAGUUUGAUUCAUUAUAAGACCUUGUCAAAUCUGAUAUAGAAGUUACUCUGUAUUAGAAAGAAUCAGUAUGACUCCCAUUGUUCCAUUACUUGGUACAGUAUAAAGUCAAGACCUUUGUCAUAAAUACAGAAAAUCAAAUACAAAAUGUACAGAAACUACAAUACAAAUAUACAAAAGGACCUUCUAAGUACAAACUUUUCCAGUUGCAAUGCAUUGCAUUUCAUUCCAGUGACAUCUGGUGUCUCGACCACCAUACUGUGACCAUCAUUACUUCUGACUCAGAACCCCGAUGUCGCUAAGGACAUUAUAUGGGGGGGGGGGUCCUAAACCGUUUCUUUGCCA